AUGGUUGGACACUCCUCCGACGCCGUCGACUCGCGGCCGUCGUCCGACAAGACCACCACUGCCCUCGACGACACCCCGCCGACCAUGCCCACCACCACCGCACAACCCGCAGACAGCCUGCAAGACGCCAACAGCGAGAAGCAGCACGAUGCGCCGCCGCCGCCGCCGCCGCCGCCGCCGACCGUCACGGGGCCGCCCGAGUACCCCGGCGCCGUCAAGCUCUCCCUGACGCUCUUCGCCCUCUGCGUCUCCAUCUUCCUCGUCGCCCUCGACCAGACCAUCAUCGCGCCCGCCCUCGGCGCCAUCACCAACCACUUCAACAGCACCAAGGACAUUGGCUGGUACGGAUCCGCCUACCUCCUCACCUCCACCUGCCUGCAGCCCAUCUACGGCGUCGUCUACCGUCUCUUCAACGUCAAGUGGACCUUUCUCGCCGCCAUAUUCGUCUUCGAAGUCGGCAGCCUGCUGUGCGCCGUCGCGCCCACCUCGGUCGCCUUCAUCGUCGGCCGCGCCAUCGCCGGCAUGGGCACCGCGGGGCUAUUCUCCGGCGCCGUCGUCAUCCUCUCCCACACGCUCCCCCUUGCUAAACGCCCCCUCGCGUUCGGCCUCAUCGGCGGCAUGUGGGGCAUCGCCUCCGUCGCCGGCCCGCUCCUCGGCGGCGUCUUCACCGACAAGAUCACCUGGCGCUGGUGCUUCUACAUCAAUCUGCCCGUCGGCGGGCUCUCCAUGGCCAUAGUCGCCUUCGUCGUCCGCGUCCGCCGUAACACCCAGCUCGGCGCGGGUCUCUCCGUCUGGCAGCGCAUCCUGAAGCUCGACCUCCUCGGGACGGCCAUCUUCGUGCCGGGCAUCAUCUGCCUGCUGCUGGCCCUGCAGUGGGGCGGCGCCGACUACCCAUGGAACAGCUCGCGCGUCAUCGGGCUGUUUGUCGGCUCCGGCGCCAUGCUGGUGCUGUUCGUGGUCAUCCAGUGGUGGCGCGGCGACAAGAGCACAUUCCCGCCGCUGCUGUUUAAGAACAGGAGCAUCGUCGCGGCCAUGUCAUUUUGCUUCUUCUUCGGCGCCGCCUUCUUCCCCCUCAUCUACUAUCUCUCCCUCUACUUCCAGGCCAUCCAGGGCGUCAGCGCCGUCCAGGCCGGCAUCAAGGUCCUCCCGCUCCUCCUCGCCACCGUCCUGUGCUCCGUCGCCUCCGGCGGGCUCAUCUCCCGCUUCGGCGUCUACAAUUACAUCAUCGUGCCCUGCAUGGUCCUCUUCUCCGUCGGCGCCGGCCUCAUCACCACCUUCAACCCGCACACGCCCCUCCGCGCCUGGUUCGGCUACCAGGUGCUCGCCGGCCUCGGCAUCGGCGCCGGCUUCCAGAUCGGCGCCAUCGUCGUCCAGACAGUGCUCCCCCAGGAGUGGAUCCCCGUCGGCACCGCCUGCGUGCAGUUCUUCCAGAGCCUCGGCGGCGCCAUCUUCGUCGCCGUCGGCCAGACCGUGUUCCAGAACGGCCUGAUCGAGGGCGUGCAGCGCGCGGGGCUCGGGCUGGAGGACCCGCGCGUCUUCAUCAACAGCGGCGUCUCGCAGGCGAGGAACAUACUGGCGAGGAUACACCGCGAGGAUGCGCUCCCGCUGGUGCUGGACGCGUACAUGAAGGGGCUGCGCAACACGUACUACAUCACGCUGGCGUGUGCGCUCUGCGCGCUGCUCUCGGCGCUGGCGUUGGAGAAGAAGUCGGUCAAGAAGCAUCAGAAGAAGGAGGAGGAUGUCGAGACUGCUGCGGCCUGA